AUGUCUCUUGUUCAUGACGGGGUCGUUUACGCCAACAAAGUUAUACUUGCGCCCAUGGUUCAUGCUGGUAGAACACCUUUAAGAACGGGGAUUCAGUGGUUAUUAAGGCUGUUAGCUCUUGAAUAUGGUGCGGAUUUGGCAUAUACGGAGGAAAUCGUUGACCAAAAGCUGCUUAGUUCGACUAAAGUAUAUAACGAAAAGUUAGGAACGACAGAUUAUGUUGUGGAGAACGAUGUUGUACUUCGGAUAUGUGAUGCAAAAGAGAAAAAAAAAUGCGUUCUUCAAGUGGGAACCAAUGACGCUGAAAAAGCAGUUAAAGUGGCAAGGUUGAUCUCUAAGGAUGUUGCUGCAAUUGACAUCAAUAUGGGAUGUCCAAGACCGUUUUCCGUAUCUAGUGGUAUGGGAGCCGCUUUACUUUCGCAACCAGAAAAAGUGACUAAGAUCUUGUCACACCUUGUUCCCGCAUCUGAUGUACCUGUGUCCUGCAAAAUACGUGUGUUGGACAAGUUGGAAGACACUAUAGCCUUAGCGCAACUAAUUGAGAAAUGCGGCGUUAGCGCGAUUGGAGUUCAUGGACGCAGGAUAAAUGAGAGGCGAGGUGACCGUAAUCGUACUGAGGAGAUUCGGGAAGUUGCUCGUUCAGUACGGAUUCCUGUCAUAGCAAAUGGUGCAUCGGGAAGUAUUAAGGACUACAGCGAUAUUGAGAAGUUUCGGUUGGAAAGUGGAGCGAGCAGUGUUAUGAUUGCAAGGAAAGCGCUUACUAAUCCUAGUAUAUUUCGAAAAUCUGGUAUCCUUGCUUCGGUGGAAGAGGAAGUAAAAAGUUUUUUAAAGCUUGCUUGUGAAUAUGACGAGAACUUCACUAUGACGAAAUAUGUGGUUCAGAGGAUGCUUGGAUCGGCACAGGUGGAAGUAUUUUUUAUUAAAAACAGGAGUUUAAUAUUUCGGGAAUUUGACCGUCGUGGACAGGAAACCGUUAGUGCAUCAAACGUAUAUGAAAUAUGCAAAGCUUGGUCAAUGGAGGGCACCUAUAAUUAUUACAAGGAGCUCAGAUGCAAAAAAAAGGAAAAAGAGGUGGAUGAGACAACAGGGUUAUGUUGUAUCGACAUCACAUUUGCUCCAAGAAAAUUAAAAAGCUACUGCGGAAGCGGUACUCCCAAAUGCGUUUUAAAUACACUGUGUGAUGAGCGCCAUUUGAACCGCCCUAUUUACUAUUGCAAGUGUCGACCAACUGAUAAACGCUAUGAGGCUGUUGUAGAAGUUGCUGGUCAGAAGUUCCUCUCUCGGGUCGGGCAACCGAACAAAAAAAUGGCUGAACAAGUAAAAAUUUUUUUCAUUUAG